AUGGAGGACCCUGCACGUCGAAAAAACUCUCGUCGUGCUUACGUUGGCGGCAGUUUACGAAUCGGCAUCGAGGCUGUCGGCGAGAAUUGUGUGAAUGUGAGGUUGGUUGAUGGUCACAGUCGCUGUGCUGGUAGAGUGGAGGUUCUUCAUAGAGGUCAGUGGGGAACAGUGUGUGAUGAUGACUGGGAUUUGCUUGAUGCUGCAGUGGUGUGUAGAGAGCUGGAGUGUGGAGAACCUGUAGAUGCUCUGGGUGAUGCUCAUUUUGGACCAGGAUCAGGACGAAUCUGGAUGAGUUUUCUUAUGUGUAGGGGUUCAGAGUCCACACUAAAGAACUGUGGGUCAGGAGGAUGGGAUAGACACAACUGUGAUCACAAUAAAGAUGCUGGAGCCAUCUGCUCAGAAGUCAGGCUGGUUGGUGGUUCUCGCUGCUCUGGGAGGUUAGAGAUACUUCAUGAUCAGACGUGGAUGUCAGUGUGUGACGCUGCCUUUGACCAGCAGGAUGCAGAGGUUGUGUGUAGAGAGCUGGACUGUGGGGCUCCUGUACAGGUGCUGGGAGCAGCUGCUUUUGGCAAAGGAGACGCUCAGAUGUGGACACAAGAGAUUCAGUGCAGAGGAAAUGAGUCUCAGAUUCACCUCUGUCCAACAUCCCUUUAUAAAAACCAUUGUUCAGAUGAUAAUUUCCAGGGGCUGUUCUGUGCUGAUAGAAAGAAUGUGAGGUUGGUUGAUGGUAACAGUCCUUGUGCUGGUAGAGUGGAGGUUCUUCAUAGAGGUCAGUGGGGAACAGUGUGUGGUGAUUUCUGGGAUUUGGCUGAUGCUGCAGUGGUGUGUAGAGAGCUGGACUGUGGAGAACCUGUAGAUGCUCUGACUGAUGAUCACUUUGGGCAUGGAUCAGGACCAGUCUGGAUGAGUGCAUUAUGUAUUGGAUCAGAGUCUACACUGAAGAACUGUGGGUCAUCAGGAUGGAGCACAAAUGUCUGUACUCACAAUUCAAAUGCAGGGGUCAUCUGUUCAGGUCAUAAGCCUUCCAGACUUGCUGCUGGAUUUCACCUGUGCUCUGGGAGGCUAGAGAUACUUCAUGAUCAGACGUGGAUGUCAGUGUGUGACGCUGCCUUUGACCAGCAGGAUGCAGAGGUUGUGUGUAGAGAGCUGGACUGUGGGGCUCCUGUACAGGUGCUGGGAGCAGCUGCUUUUGGCAAAGGAGACACUCAGAUGUGGACACAAGAGAUUCAGUGCAGAGGAAAUGAAUCUCAGAUUUCAUUCUGUUCAAUAUCAUCACACAGACACAACUGCAGCAGUGACAAUAAUGUGGGCUUGAAAUGUUCUGGUUACACUGAUCUCAGACUGGUAAAUGGCUCAGACUCUUGUUCUGGAAGAGUGGAGCUUCAGUUCUUCAAUGAGUGGGGCACAGUGUGUGAUGCAUGCUGGGAUAUGAGAGCUGCCAGUGUCCUCUGUAGACAGCUGAAUUGUGGGAUUGCUGUGUCUGUUGUGGGAUCAGACUGGUUUGGAGAAGGAAGUGCUAAAAUCUGGGCUGAUGUGUUUGAUUGUGAUGGGAAUGAAACAAAACUCUCAGAAUGUUCCAUCUCUUCAUGGAGUCGAGCUAAAUGUUCUCAUACUCGAGAUGUUGGAGUCAUCUGCUCUAGUGAGGGGAUUUUAUUGAGCAAAAAUAUUCCCCUCUUGCUCUUCCUGACGGUCUGGUGCAGUUGUCUGGAGAGAGACAGUGUGAGGACAGUGUGUGAUGACUCCUGGGAUAUUAAAGAUGCUCAUGUGGUGUGCAGACAGCUGCAGUGUGGAGUGGCCCUCAGUAACCAGCAGGUACCAGCCUGGUUUGGUCCUGGUUCUGGACCCAUAUGGCUGGAUGAGGUGGAGUGUGAGGGGAAUGAGACAUCCCUGUGGAGCUGCUCUUCUCCAGGCUGGGGAAAACAUGACUGUCAGCACAAGGAGGAUGUUGGAGUUGUGUGCUCAGAUUUUAAGGAAAUCAGGUUAACUGAGGGCUGUGAAGGGAAUGUGGAGGUUUUCUACAAUGGAUCCUGGGGUAAUGUGUGUUACAACCAGAUGGACAGAGACACAGUGAGUCUGAUCUGUCAAGAGCUGAACUGUGGAAGAUCUGGUGAUUUUUCUGAUUCAGUAUCAAGAGUGAAAUCAGCUACUAACUGGCUGGAUGAAGUGAAAUGUCGACCACAUGAUUCAAAUCUGUGGCAGUGUCCAUCUUUACCGUGGGGACAAAAUGACUGUGAUGGAGAUGAAGUGGCCAAAAUCACCUGCUCGGAACAGGAGAGUCAUGAGUCCCCUCGUAGCUAUUUGACAUGCUCUGCAUCUUCCUACCAGAGACAGUGUUCAGAUCAUGUUCCUCUCAGACUGAGUGGAGGGGAGGGCCGGUGCUCUGGGAGGCUGGAGGUGUAUCAUAACGCUGUGUGGGGCUCAGUCUGUGAUGAUCAGUGGGACAUCAGCGAUGCUCAGGUGGUCUGCAGGCAGCUGGGUUGUGGAGCAGCACUGAGGGCUGAUGGGAAUUCAGUCUUUGGUGCUGGUGAAGGUGUUGUGUGGCUGAACAGAGUCGAGUGCAGAGGGAAUGAGAUUCACCUGUGGGACUGUCCUCUCUCCCUGAAUAACCACACUGACUGCUCCCACAAAGAGCACGCUGGACUCAUCUGUGCAGAUUUUACAGAUGUGUCAGUGUCCUCUACUCCUGCCACAACAACAACAGCUUCUCCUCCAGUGCGCUCAACAUCAGUCUCUCCUCCAGCAGCGUCUCUCUCCGUCCCCCCAGUGCUUGUGAUUGUUCUGGGAGUUGUGCUCUUACUGCUCUUAGUGCCACUGCUUAUACUGAUUCAGCAGAACAGAGUGAUGAGGAGAGCUCUCUCUAAGAGGAGACACAGGACGACGACUGAGGCCGUUUAUGAGGAGAUUCAGCACAGACACAAUCACUUCACUCAGAGGGAAUUCCUGACAGAAAACCACAGAGCUGCAGGGCAUCCAGUAGCUCUGAUGAAUCUCGGGGCGAUCCUCCAUCUUAAUGGCACGAUGAAGAAAGCUGAGAGCAGCUACUUCCAUGCGCUGCAGCUCAAACCUCAUAACUCGGUCAGACAGAUGUUGAUGGAACUGGUUAAAACUUGA